GAGGAAUUUGGGAAAAGAAACACGGGAAGAACAACAGGAAGGGAAAGUUGAGGGACCAAGCGUAACAUGAAGACAGCGGCGGUGGAUAAAUCAGCCGGCUGCGGUGACACUCCGGCCCCGUGGCCCGGCAACAGUCCGUCGCACUCUUCCGCAAAAACACCAUUCACUUAAGACUGAGGGGAACAUUGAUAGGAGAGGAAGAAAAGGGGAGAGGGAGAAGAGGAGAAAUUGAAUGGGAAGGUGCUGCAGAGAUUAAAGAAUAUAUUUUUAAAUAUAUAUAUUUUUAACAAGUAAGAACAAGAGAAAUAUGACAGAGAGGGAAAUUGAUGGACAAUCAAUCAAAACAGAGGAAGAGGGAAGCAGAAAAUAGAAAAACAGUUAAAUUGAGUAUGACAGCAUAAAGCACAAAGCCAAAGGACAAAGUUCAAGGAAUGCAAAAAGGAAGAAGGAAGGGGCAAGGGAGCAGGGUUUGAAAUGAACAGAUAAAAAGAGAGGCAGUGAGUCAGAAACAUGCCAAAGGCAGGUGAGAGAAACGGACAUCAGAGGCCAGAGGUUUUAAUCAGAGAGUUCAGAAAUCUGGCAACGAUUCUCAUCUGCUGUGCACCAGGGUGAGGCCACCGUCUGCUCGGGAGGUCGGGUCUAAUAUUCCUGAGCUGCAUGCAUGCACACGCAAGGGGGACGAUGCUCAAACACCGCCGCUGAGGCCCUAACCUUUCAUCUCCCCUUAUCAGGGACCCAUUAGUCAUACAGCUUGCCUCCUGUACCCCAAAGAACAUUCGAUUAGUGCACGUUCCUGCCAGAGAGAAGCAGAAUGAGAUGUUUUUUUUAAGGCUGGGGACGACAUCAAGAUGUACACAUCAUACAAAUAGGCUAAAUUAGGUCAUCGCAUUCAAUCAGAGCGCAUGUAUGUGUGUGUCGCGGACGUCGUUUCUCUGCCUAGCGCAGGUCAUGACACACCCUGUUGUGCGACGACUGAACCUUUGAACCUCAGAGUCACCCGGGAUGGUUUUGUACUUUGUGAGGAGAGUGCAGGAGAGAGACGAUGUUGUUGUCCUUAAUCUGCUUUACAAGCCUUCUGAGAAUAUGGGAGAGGCGCUCCAGCAUGGUGUCUAAUCUGUAAUUGUCCUCUGCUUCGUUGCCUCAGGUGAAAGAGCCCUGGGUGGGGCCGUGAGAGUUUAAUGGGUAGCCAGCAACAAUCCCACGCUUGGAGGUGGCUUACUUUCCCAGGCCUGCCCUUUGAACCCCGUACCGCCUGAGCAACAUGCAAUGCAUAAAAAUGUACACACCUUCACACCUCUGAACUCCUUUCAACCCCUUUUCAUGGCAGUGUGGUAAGAUUAGCGGCCAUUACAGUGUCAUUAUCUGUUCGCUUGGCCAUAAACGGCUCUGUUAUCUCGCUGUUGAGGGCUUAAUCAAUUCUAUGUCCCUAAGAGACACGAGGUACGGUGAUAGAGACGAAAGAUAUGUGAAAGCUCGGACAAGGAAAGAAAUAACGACAGGCUUAGAGUUCUUCUUCGAGUAAGUGACAGACUGGUGUGCUUUUAUUUGAAAAAGGAUCAUUCGUAGUUGUUCAGUCGGCGAUGGCGUCACUUCUCUUCUACUUCUAUUAUGUCGCAAUAAUGUUCAUUUGUAGUCGAGAUUGUCUUUUCUGUGACUCCUUUGCUCAACCCGACCUCUUCAGGUCAAGACGGCCAUUAACUUGCUGGUUUCUAAUUACUGGCUCAGUUAUUAUUAACACCUGCAGUGCAGAUGUGCAGGGUGUUAGCCAGGUCGUUGCGGUAAUUACAUGAUCCCGCGUCUGUGGUCCUGUUCCCGCACUGUCAAAGGGGGAGAGAUAAGCUGAUCACUUGAGUUGAAUCAGCUAAAAGAGGCUUUACUCUCUCAACACAGUCAAGUUUAAUUUAAAAGAGCGCUCUCGCACGCUCUGUGGUGUUUUGGUUAGAACUUUGCAUCAGUCAUCAAGAAUAGCAAGCGAUCGAUGCAGAACGUGGGAGGACGGGGAGUUUCAUAACACAACGCUGCCGUUUGGGAAAGCUCAAAUGUUUAAACAAAAUGGUCUUUCACGCACCAAACUACAACUGAAUGAUACAUAUUUUGUGAGGGUUUGGUUAAACUUUGUUUGCAUGCUGUCAACAUAUGUAUGAUUUAAGGUUUGGUGUAGAGAAAAGGGCAGAAUUUGAAAAAUCAGCCAUCCUCCUGCAUCUCUUCCAUUUCUGUUUUAGGCCCCUGCCACCAGACAAGCAUGCAGUUGAUACAAUUCCCGUUGCAUUAGGUCUUUCUUUUAAAACUUCCUGAUCACGUUAUACAGUAACCUAUACUUAUAAGUACUUAUGGUUCAUUUCAAACCUCCUCUUUCAUCAAUAACCAACUCCAAGGCAUUGCAGGCCUUGUAGCAGCAAUUGACCAUGAGAAGUGCUGUCUGGUUUUCUACAAAAACAUCUGGGCCUGUAAGGAACUUUGGUGGUGUACGUGAUUCGAGGCUCUAGCUAUCUACACCAUCGACAGAGAUGGAGAGAGGAUAGCUUCUGGUCAUCCGAGCUGUCAUGAAUGUACAGCUCACUGCUCGGAUAAAAGGCAAAAUUACUAGUCUCUCCUUUCUAUACGUUCCUUUCCCUUUGUUGGAUCGAUCUGCUAUGCAGGCAGUUAUUGCCAAUGGAGGAAGGGCAACUUUGAAUCAAGUUCCCACCGAAAACACGUGCAUGCAUCUGUAUUUGAAGAAUAGUCAGUGGGAGCCCCCCCCUCCGUCGAUGUGAUUGGCCAAAGACUCCAAAAUGUUUUAAAGCUCCAAAAACCGAGCCAAGGGGGGUGCCGAAGUCAAGUUUUAUCUCAGGCUACUUGAAUUAGAAUAUGCUCAAAAGUUCAUAUGGAUUUUUUCCCCCAGUUAGACCAAAACAAACUGCAUACCCCAGCUUUAAAUGGAAGGAUUUCAAUCUUCUUCACUCGCGCAGACAUCAUUAUAGAAUGCUUGAAUGAAUAUAUCUGUCAUUGUGACUGGCCUCCACGACUCCAUUACUCCUGCACUGGGAUCUCUUUCACACACAGCAAGAAUGAAUUACACAGGCUGUUUAAUUACUCAUCCUUAGGUGUUCAAGGAAAUAUAUGGCCCACAGGGGCAUGAGGCUCACCAUAAAUUAAUAGAGAAAAAAAGUGUCACUGUUUCUACAGCCAGGAGUAUGAAGCAAACAACUUCCUAUGGAUAUGUGGACAGUAAGUCCUUGAACAUAUGCCACAUGAAGGUUCAAGAUGAAAAAGUAGUGUGUCCAGGAAGGGGAAGACAUACGCAUGAUAUACGGAGACCUGGAGGAUCUCAGAGGACCUCUUUUGCAAGGACCUGAAUUCAAAAAUGAUGAAAAACACUGCAUAAGCAGCCUACAUAAGUUUUCCUACUGAUGAUCCACCAUGUUCCCUGCUAACCUCCUGCUCCUCAUGGUCCUGCUCCUACCUCAAGCCUCGUCUGGUCGCCAGGGUGGAGUCACCAGCAAGACCGACCAUGGCCGGGUGUCCUCCAUGCCUUCCUCCUUGUCGCCCCCACCAGCUGGUUCCCUCCUCCUGGAGCCCAGUCUGGCACAGACCAUCCAGAACCUCCUCUUGAGCCGCCUGGGCCUACAGUCGCAGCCCGACCCUCGGCCUGGAGUGCCGGUGCCUGGGUACCUCCUUAAUCUUUACCACUUCCACCAGCAGCAGUACCAUCUAGUGGAGGAUCCCUCGUUUAGCUUCCCGAGCCAGCACAUUGAGCAGGCCAACACUGUACGCAGCUUUCACCACAAUGAGCCCCUCGGAGGCAAUCCUGUAGCAGUGGAUCGUAAGAGGGUGCACAUCUCCUUCAAUGUAUCCUCCAUCCCUCAGGAUGAGAGGGUGCUCUCCGCUGAGCUUCGGCUUCUCCGCAGUGACAGAGCUUCACUAGGUCCUGGGGUCCACAGACUUAACUUAUACCUCACUAAGCACCAUGAGGACCCUGAGCCCACCCUGCUGGAGACAAGGUUACUCACCACUGGCCUCCACGGUCAUAAAGAAGGCGGCUUCUGGGAGGCUUUUAGCUUAAAUGCAGAGUUCCUCCAUGAGGCCCUUAGUGGGACUGGCAGUCUGGGCUUCCUCCUAGAGGUCGGAAUUGAGAACAGCACCACAUUGAUCCCUGAACAAAACCUCUACCCUGCCGCAGCUGAGGAGGAGACAGAGAAACACAAACAGGGACACCUGAGGGUAUGCAGGUCUGUGGGUCAGGACGAGCAUAGCUGGGCCCAGGAGAGACCCCUCUUGGUGACGUACAGCCAUGACGGCCGUGGAGAGCCCUUGGUCAAACAUGGCAGGAGGAACCCCAACGGAGGCCAGAGGGUGAGAGGGAGAAAAGGGACCAAAGACAGGACCAGGGGCAGCAGCAAUAGCCGCAGUAGAGACCCGGCUUCGGGCAGGGCCAAAAAAACAGGGUAUACAGUGCAGGGCAGGGGGAGUGUUAAAAGAGGAGUCAGCUGGAGCGAUGCCGGAAGGGUGAAAAGAAACGGCGGUCGUGCUGCAAAACUGAAGCGCCUUUCUCGUAACAGAUGUCGCCGCCAUCCUCUCUAUGUAGACUUCAACGAUGUGGGGUGGCACAAGUGGAUCAUUGCACCAAGCGGCUACGACGCCUUCUUCUGCUUGGGCGAGUGUCGCUUUCCUCUGGCCGACCACAUGAACUCCUCCAGCCACGCCAUGGUGCAAACUCUGGUGAACUCGGUGAAUGGAGCUGUGCCGCGGGCCUGCUGCGUCCCCACCUCCCUCAGUCCCAUCGCCCUGCUCUACCUAGACCCUCAAGACCGAGUGGUGCUGAAGAACUACCAGGACAUGGUGGUGGAAGGCUGCGGCUGCCGGUAGUGAACUGAAGAAGUCAGCCAGAGAAAGCCGGACGUGGAUGGAGGAACAUCGAGGGAAUCGGUGAGAGACGGAAGCAGUGAAAAGGCAGAUGGUGGGAAGAAGAAACGCCAGCUAGACAAGGAGAUUAAUAGGGACAAAUUGAACAGCGUAAGAUGGGUGAGGGGAGAGGAGGGAGUCAAGGGAAUGGAUAUAGCAGCUAAACAUGAAUUACGAGGAGCAAGAAAGAUAGUUAGAGAUGAAAAGAGAAAGAAAAAAAGAUGGCAUGAUAUAAUCAGUCAAACAACAGAGUAAAUGGUCAGACAAUAAGGCAGAGGAAGCUGAAAUACGGUCAACACAGAUGUACUGCCAGGAACGACUUUUCACGAUUUACCAUUUUGCGAUGAUACAGCUGUUUGCACCAUCAACCCACGGCCUCCUUGUCCCUCACAAGAAGCCAGCGCUUUAAUAUCAGAUGGUGUCUAUUCCAUCUCCCAGUGUUUGCCACUCAUCUCAUACAACCGUCUGACAGGCAGGUGCACAUGUGUUUAGCGGUGGACACAUAAUUUAAGCUCUAGAGCAGAAUCACAUAACUUCCUCAUGGACUUCCUGAUGAUCUGACGAUCAACAGCAUUAGCAAUAUGAUGGUGCCACUAGUACGGCAUCUAAACUUUGUGUGUAAGUGAUGUUUCUGCAGUAUUUGAACCAGGAAGUAGGGAGCAUCUGUAAUACAAAAGUUAAUGUAAUGACAAACUGUUCCUUUACAGGCGCCCCUACAUCACAAGCUAUUUAAAACAACAAUAAUGCUGGGGAACUAUCAUGCUAUUGUUUGAAUGUACUUCUAUCGCGAUUAUUUAAAAAAAGAAAUCAUGUACAUUUAUUUUGCAGCCAUGAAGAAAAUCCAAGUGAUGCCCUAUUAUUUUACAUAGUUCCACUGAAUGGCGAUUCUAACUUAAAAGACACAUUAUGUAUUUAAGUAGCAGCAAUACUGGUGUAUUAAAUGGUGUAUUUAAUCAUGAAAAUAUUUAAGAUACCUGCACUCAGCAGAGCAUACAGCAAACUAAAUAAGAAAGCCUGCCGUCCACAUUGGGUAAUCUAUGGUAGCUUUACGUCCGUACAAAUGUUCAGUGUAUUGAAUCAACAGUCUGUGUCACUUAAACGUCCCACCUUAUAAUUUCACACAUUUAGGUGUCCCACACGUGAUAGCAGACAUAAGUGGUGUUGCCUUUAAAAGUUCAACUAACAAGUAAAUUGAAAGCGCUGUGUAUAAGUGUGUAACAACAGACCUCUUUGCUAGUUGUGGCUGCAUUUGUCAAGAAAAAAAGCAGGACCAUCAAUUAAACUGGGACUUUAGUGCCUUUUAUUUAUGGGCUUUAAAAGUGUUCUCUGCUGAGCUUAGUAAAUGUUUUUUCCGUGUUGCAUUUUUCUCUCUAAUGUUAAGCAACAGCUUGUAAAGUGUUUGACAAUAUACCUCUAAUAAACAAAGCAAACCGCA